UUGUGGUUGUCGCAGAUUAAGCACCGUUUAGCUGUUGGGUGAAAUUGACAGCAUGUAAAUUUUCAGAUCCUCUUCUCUUAAACUGAAAUUUCUGUAUAUUUAUGUAUGCUUGCCUUGGGUAAUAGUCCUCUGAAAGUGCAAAAGGCCAUGGGGAGUUGCUCAAAGCUUGCAAAGAGGGCUCUGGAGACUGAUACUCCUGUCAUGGUCCAGAUACAGGAACUAGUUCGGGGGGUGAACGGUGCCAUUUCGCUUGCACAGGGUGUUGUUUAUUGGCUACCACCAGAGAGGGCUUUAAACAAGGUCAAAGAAGCCAUAUGGGAGCCUUCAUCGAGCCGUUAUGGUGCUGAUGAAGGCCUGCAGGAGCUUAGGGAGGCGCUAACUGAAAAGUUACAGAGGGAGAACAAAUUAUACAAAUCCAAGGUCAUGGUUACAGCUGGUGCAAAUCAGGCAUUCGUGAAUAUUGUGCUCGCACUUUGUGAUCCUGGGGAUUCUGUUGUUAUGUUUACACCAUACUACUUCAAUUCAUACAUGUCCUUCCAAAUGACAGGCAUCACAAACAUAUUGGUGGGGCCUGGAAACCCUGAUACACUUCAGCCCGAUGUAGACUGGUUAGAAAGAACUUUAACAAAGGAGGAGAAUAAGCCUGUCCCUAAACUUGUUAGUGUUGUCAAUCCAGGCAACCCAUCAGGGAUUUUCAUUCCCGCGCAUCUUCUCAAGAGAAUAGCAGAUCUCUGCAAAAGUGUUGGUUCAUGGCUUGUGGUGGAUAAUACCUAUGAGUACUUCAUGUAUGAUGGGUUGAAACAUGCAUGUGUCGAGGAUCAGCAUAUAGUGAACCUGUUCUCCUUCUCCAAGGCCUAUGGCAUGAUGGGGUGGCGAGUUGGAUAUAUUGCAUACCCAUCUGAUGCAGAGGGCCUUGAUAAGCAGCUUCUCAAAAUCCAAGAUAAUAUUCCCAUAUGUGCAUCCAUAAUCAGCCAAAAGCUCGCGCUUUAUGCAUUAGAGGAGGGCCCUGAGUGGAUAUCAGAAAGAGUCGAGACCCUGGUGAAGAGUAGAGACAUGCUAAGAGAGGCCCUCUCGCCAUUAGGAAAAGAUGCAAUAAAGGGCGGAGAGGGGGCCAUAUAUUUAUGGGCCCGCCUUCCUGAAAAUGUCCCUGAUGACUUGAAAGUGGUGAGCUGGCUCGCUAAGCGUCACAAAGUAGUGGUUAUACCUGGAGGUGCAAGUGGUGGGCAUGGGUACAUUAGGGUUUCAUUUGGGGGACUGGAGGAAACUGUUUGUGCUGAGGCUGCUGGGCGGUUGAAGAGGGGACUAGAGGAGCUUGUGAGGUGUGGGAUGGUCAUGGAGUGAGUGAAGAGUUGUAGGGGGUGGGAUCAUUGUUACAAAACACAUUUUUGGGCUAUUACCUGGGAGCCUGAAAAUCUGAGUUUUAUAAUUUGGAAAAUAAAUUGGAAAAGGAAAAUUCAGCUUA